AUGGCAACCGAAGUAGUUCGCGAAUCCAAAAUACUCCUCACUCCUGAUAACUACGCUCUUUGGCUGCUCCCCAUGAAAGCCAAGCUCCACAAGGCAAAAUCGCUCACGAUUGUCACCGGAAUCCAUACCUGUCCUGACCCUGAAACGGACAAAGAAAACACCAAACUCUAUGUCAAACUCAACAAAGAUGCUGUAAGACUCAAAAGUGGUUGUGAGAACCCUUUUGCUGAAUGGAGAAGGGUAUGGUGGAGUUGCAAACUCUGCCCUUCUAUACUAUCAGAUAACAAGACCCACCAAGCUCAGCUUGGCAAGUUUUAA